GAACCUUCAUUACAUAACUACUGUGUCAACUUUAAAUCAUCCUUACAGCUCAUGCAAAGGUGAAUCUACCUCAACAAGCCCUGUUAGCUCCAGGCUCAAUAAAGACUGAAGCGUUACCGAGGCAACGAGCUCAUUUAGCAGCUUGAAAUCUUGAGGGUGUUUGUAGUCAAAGGGGUCAGACCUUUUCCACGGUCCCGAUGCUGGCUUUGUCCAGGUGUUCGACAGCUUUGAGGUGGAGAAUAUCCCCACGCUGCUCUGCCCUCUCUCUGGGGAGCGCUACCAUGAGCAGCCAGCUCACCACCGCAGCCAGGCCUCAGUUUCUAAGAAUCCAGAAUGCUCUGUUUCACCAAAGUGAAGCCAAAGCCAGUCCUGACCCAAACAAGCCCGCUUCAGUGUUGUCCUCUGGGUCCGGGCUGGAGGGUGAGCUGUUGGGGAUGGGGAUGUGGUCGUUGGGUCUGGGCGCUGUUGGCGCUGCGCUAGCCGGGAUCUUCCUGGCCAACACCGAUCUGUGUCUGACUAAAGCUGCCAACGCAACGCUGGAGCACCUUGAAGAUACUGACCUGCGCUCCACCACAGAUGAUCAGAAGGUCAUCAAAGCAAAGAGCCUGUGGGAGACGAAUGGGGCUGUGGUCAUGGCCGUACGACGGCCUGGAUGAUUUUUGUGCAGAGAGGAGGCCUCUGAGCUGUCCUCUCUGAAGCCCCAGCUGGAAGAGCUCGGGGUCCCUCUGGUCGCCGUGGUGAAGGAGAACGUCGGCACAGAGAUCCAGGACUUCAGACCGCACUUCGCUGGGGACAUCUACAUAGAUGAACAGAAACACUUCUACGGCCCGCUGCAGAGGAAGAUGGGCGGUCUGGGCUUCAUUCGCCUCGGAGUGUGGCAGAACUUCAUGCGGGCUUGGAGGUCCGGUUACCAGGGCAACAUGAAUGGGGAGGGCUUCAUCCUCGGAGGAGUGUUUGUCAUCGGAGCAGGAGAGCAGGGGAUUCUCCUGGAACAUCGUGAGAAGGAGUUCGGCGAUAAGGUGGAUACUGCAGAUGUUUUAGAGGCUGUUAAGAAAAUUGUACCAGUUAAAUAGUUUUUUUCCCCCCUAACACAAAUCACAUUAGGUAAUAUGCACUGUAUUUAGAUCAAAACUGGACAUAAGAAAUCAUUUUUGCAUUGACACGUUGAGUUAAAGUCCAUCCAUCACUGAAGUACUGCUAAUAUAAUGACAUUUAAGUCUGUUUGCAUCGUCUAGUAUCGCAUGAUCUAUGAUCUUUUUUUGGCACAUAAUUUACUGUUAUGUUACUGUGAAAUGCAGGAUGGUAUCAAUAUUAUUAGAUUAUUCCACCUUGAAGCUAUUUCUAGAAGCUGGUAUCAAAAACGGGUACAAAGGCAGCGUUUUUCAUCAGGUACAUCAACCAUGAAAUUUAACAUCACCUGAAAACUUGAAUUAAUUAUUCUGUAUACCUACAUUCCUGUCUGUUAUCUCUGUUCGCUUCUCCUGCUCAGGCACGUAAACAGACCUCCAACAUGGCGGACAAGUGUGUCUGUGGUCUGUGUGUGUAAUAAUGAUAGCUUGACUCUAAACUCAACACUGAGAGGAGCAGGUUUGAUGCUCAAACACACAAAGAUUCAGCCGCUGCCGCCCUGUUGAGGAAUGUUUGUAGCGUUUGAAGCAGGUGGCACAUGCAUGUGUGGUUGUACAUGUGAAAAAAAUCUAAGUAAUAAAUAAAGAAGACCUCGUCACC